AAAUCAUCAAUAGUUUGCAUACUAUAGCUUGCUUUAGAUAUAAGACAUGGUAUUAAGCUUGGCAACACCGCUUUUACUAGUAUGGAGUAUGGAGUCUUAUUUUAACAUUGCAAUAAAUCAAAAAGUUUAAAAUGCAAAGAGAAGAAAAACAAUUAGAUUCUGCUUUGGAGGCAAUUAUUAUGAGAGUAAAUGAUUUAAAGAGUGCAAUUGCUGCAAUGAUAUUUAAAUUGGAACAUGAAUAUGAAACAUUGAAUUGGCCUAAUUUUCUUGAUAAUUUUGCUCUUAUUUCAGGACAUCUGACUAGUCUUUCAAAAAUUCUUGGACAUGAUAAAGCACCAAAUUUAAGAAACUUAACAGUUUUACCAUUAAGAUUAAGUCCAGAGAAAGAUGAAGAAUUGCUUCGUUUAACUGAAGGUAGAAUUCCUACAUUUGCUCAUGACUUAGUACCAGACUAUCUACGAACUAAAGUAGAACCUCAAGCUGAACAAAAAAUGAUGCAGCUUGAAGCAAAAGCUGCAAAUUUAAAUUAUGAAACAUCACAUAAACAAGUGGCUCAAUAUACAAAAGUAAUUAAUCAUGUAUGGGAUAUAGCAAAUAAGGCACGUGAAGAGUGGGAAAGUGAAGCUGGUUCUAGAGCAACUCAAGCUCAAACCAGCAGUACAGCAGACACUCAUGCUCUUAUAGCAGCUGUGGGUACGGGUAAAGGUUUAAAGUCCGAUUCUGUUCAAAUGGUACAAUCAGGUGUAAAUUCAGUACCUAGUGGAAUGAUAGUAGGAAGAUCUGGAAAUCAACAACAAACUUCAGGACAAGGAUCAUUAGGAAAUCCACCUAUGGGACAAAUGACUAAAGCUCCAAGUACAAUCAAAACCAAUAUCAAGGCAGCACCACAAAUUCAUCCAUAUAGAUAAAGUAUAGAUAAAAAUAUUGACUUUAAUAUAAUAUUUUUCAAGUUGAAAAUUAUUUUCAUCUUAAUUUAUUAUUUUUUAAUAUAUAGCAAAUUACAUUAAAAUAAUUUGUUUCUUUUUAUUUUUAAA